AUGCAUGUUCCAAGUAGACAAUCCUUGCUAUCACAAUUGUCGUCAUCACAAUUGUCAUUAUCACUUGAACUACCAGAAUCUGAUAAACUAAUUUUUUACAAUGCCAUAGUACAGAAAGAAGCUUCUGCUAAAAAAAAAGAGUUAAAAAAAGAAUUGCCUAAAUUACAAGCUAUAACAAAAAUUACUACUAAUCCUGAAUAUUAUUCUUUCCAGAUUUCUGAUAUACAAAAAAAUAUUAAAAGUCAAGAUAAUCGGUUAAAUAAACUAAAAAGACAUAAAGAGCAAUUGGUUAUAAGAUAUGAUUCUCGGGGCCAUCCACCCUUACUUUUCCAAUACCCCAAUCUACACGACUACAUACACUUCUGUAUUGAAUUUGGAGAGGCUGAUACUCAAAGGCAGUGUGAAAUCAUCAAAGUCAGAACAAUUAAUUACCUUCGCACUGCAUUAGAAGAAAUACAAUGA